CCCCCGUUCAAAAAAUGAAGUGAAAUCUACCGCUUCAUGUUUCUCCAUAGCGGAUUAGUCAGCGAGUAGGACGCGUUUAGUUAUUGUACUGUUUUCUUACAAAUACGGUGUGUUUUAAAGCACAUCGAGGUGGCCUGCAAUCGGCAGCUUUUAUUCUAUCGAUUCAACCUAUUGGUUGUUCAGCGUUAAAAAUAGCAGCUAUUUGCUCCAACUAGUGGCUGAUUGGUCCGAUCAUGACAGAAAACAGGCAGUAUUUGGGCCUGGACUUAAGCACGCAACAGCUGAAAGCCGGCAUUGUCAAUGAAAAUCUGGAAACUGUGCUGCAGGUUUCCGUUGUGUUCGACACAGAUUUACCAGAAUUUCGCACCCAAGGCGGUGCCAUGAUCGACAAAUAUGAUCCUCAUUGCAUUACAGCUCCAGUUCUAAUGUGGGUGAAAGCUUUCGACAUUCUAAUGGACCGAUUAGUAGUGGCGGGAGCUGAUCUUGCUCAAAUAGCCGCUGUGAGUGGAACAGCACAGCAACAUGGCUCGGUGUAUUGGCAAAAAGGCGCAAAUGACACUCUGAAAACCUUAGAUCCAAGCCAGUUUUUGCACGAGCAAUUAUCGCACAGUUUCUCCAUAACAAACAGCCCUAUUUGGAAAGACUCCAGCACCACGAAACAAUGCAAAGAGCUGGAACAGGCCGUUGGCGGACCCGAGGAACUGGCCAAAAUCACUGGAUCCAGGGCGUAUGAACGAUUCACUGGACCGCAGAUUGCAAAAAUUUUCCAAAUGAGACCAGAAGCGUAUAAAAGCACAGAGAGAAUCUCGCUCAUCAGUAGUUUCGUCUGCAGUCUAUUGCUGGGCGAAAUAGCGCCCAAUGAUAUCUCAGAUGGAUCAGGCAUGCAUCUGUUGGACAUCAGAACGAAAACUUGGCACCAGCCGCUGCUGGAUGCUUGCGCAGCAAACUUGCGAGAAAAACUCGGCGAACCUGUUGCAUCCAACACGAAUUUGGGGCCGAUUUCCCGGUACUUUGUGGAACGUUAUCACUUUUCGCCUGAUUGCCGAGUGGUGGCCUGCACAGGGGAUAACCCCGCUUCUUUAAUAGGGAUGAGGCUGCGCGAGGAUUGUUUGGCAGUGAGUCUUGGAACCAGCGAUACCGCUUUCUUGUGGCUGAUGGAACCCAAGUUGGUGUUGGACGGGCACGUGCUUUGCAACCCGGUGGAUCGCGAGGCUUUCUUGGGGCUGCUCUGCUUCAAAAACGGGUCUCUUACCAGGGAGAGGAUACGGAACAGUUGCGCCGAUAAAUCCUGGGAUAUUUUCAAUCAAUUGCUGGAGAGCACGCCCAGGGGCAAUUUUGGGAAUAUGGGAUUAUAUUACGAUGUCCACGAAAUCCUGCCGUUCCUCAAAGGGGACUUCAGAUUCAAUAAAAGCCAAAGAGUGCAGAAAUUCACCAGCUUGGAGGUGGAGGUGCGGGCUUGCAUCGAAGGCCAAUUCAUAGCUAUGCGGUCGUAUGCUGAAGACUUUGGAUUUCAUAUUGGAAAUGGGGCGAAAAUACUAGCGACAGGAGGCGCAUCUCACAACAGGUCAAUUUUACAGGUUUUAGCAGAUGUUUUCAACUCCCCCGUCUAUGUACAGGAAGCAGCUAACUCGGCCAUGUUAGGAUCGGCCUAUCAAGCAAAAACCGGACUAUUGGGAAAGGAUUACCGCGAUAUCAUUGCAGUGCUGCCAGAACCUCAAAAGGUGUGCGACCCAUACCUGGAUGCUGAAGAAAUAUACGCACCGAUGGUGCGACGGUACCGACAAAUCGUCAAAGAACUGUUACAGGAGCAGAAGGUACGUCCCAUCUUUGACCAGGAAAAUUAAACAAUUUACUUACGUGGAUGUUCCUGUUAACCAUGACUCAUUCCAUAGCCAAGGAAAUAGUGAUAUCUAAGUACUUUACUCGUGUAAAGUACGGAUUUGUAUUUACGUAGAUUGUUGUCCCAGGUGAUACUAUUCAAAGAAACUAGGUAAAGCGUGUUGUCAAUGUAUUGUAUGUUCGAAUUAAAUCCUCUACUUGAAUGUUACCCUUCAAAUAAAAACGCUGAAGAACUUGCUUCAACAUGCAUAUACGUUAAA